UUAUUUCAGAGAAAUAAAAGUCUACUUAGUUCAUUUUCUGUUACAGCCUAUCGGGUGUCUGAUUUGUAGCGCGGGCAAGUUGGUUGUCCUGGUAAAGGAUGCUAUCAACCGUCGGCACUGACUUCGGUAGCUCGUCAUAUAAUCAAUUUUGAUGAAUUUUUCCCCUUUGCUAUGUAGCAAAUUGCUUUCGCCAACUUGAGAACUUAUCAAACCAUAUUUGCUCAUAACCCCGGGACCUAAGGAAGUCUAGGUGUUAUCAUGGAAUACUCCAAAUUGCAAUCCAUGGUGCUUUGUAUUCUGAAGUGAUCUGUUAGUCGACUAAUAAGUCUUUUAAUGGCAGUUUCAUCUAUUACUUUAUUGUGUAAGUCUAGAUUGACUCAUUCUGCUAUGAGUACCUACAUAUUCUGUUGAGGGGGAUUCGACAAUGAGUUUGAAUCAAUGAUUGGCAAACUUCCUUUUCUUGAUCUUAAUUCACAUAGAAAUUCAGGAACUAGGGUCCUAGUUGAACCGGAGAGACCCGAAUUCACACUAGUGUCAUAGAAUUACUCAACUUACAUACCGUAUGAUUAGGUACCAAAUGAGCAGGCAAAGCACCUCACGACUUUGUUCAAGAACGGCAAAGCAGAUCUACCGGUCAUUGUAAAUGCAAACUAGCCUCUGAAUUCUGAGAUUGUUUAUAAGACUCAAUCAAAUUUUAGCAGCUUGAGUAGAAGAUACGCUAGUUCAUAUUGGGGCAAUUUCUUGAUACCUGAUCUUCAGGAGCCCUUCACGGGAAGAAACAGGAAAGGCAUAUACCAAAAGUCAUUAUGGAGGAUAGUUUGCCAGAGGGAAGCCUAGAAGGACCAGAGUCUUCCUUAAUUCUCCUCAAUUCAGCAAAGAAUCUCUCCUCUCAUGUGCCAUGCUGCUGCUAUUAAUCUACAUUGUUUGGGAUGACAGCUUCUCAUUGUCUUCCCUUCCUCUAACAAGAAUUUGAUGGUCGAGAGCUGAUAAUAGAUGGACGACUCGCUCGACCAAUCGCUCUUAGAAAUUCAAAAGCACGAGAGUGAUCAAUCCUACCUCAAAGAUGAUGAUGCUGAUGAAUCCCAUUGCAUAUACCUGAUGAAUUUGAUCUUAAGCGGCACUGCCCGGCUCAAUGUUCUCUUGCCGUCAGCCACCAUCCUCGCCUUCACUAUUUUCGCUCCACUCUUGACGAAUGAUGGCAGGUGCACGCCUUUGAAUCGCUGGCUGAUGGGUUCCUUCUUGGUCAUCUCAGCAGCUUCAUGUCUCUUCUUUACAUUCACCGACAGCUUUCGCACAGCUACCGGCAGGGUAUAUUACGGGAUUGCAACAUUUAGAGGCAUAUGGACCUUUAACGGCGGCAGGAAAAGGCCAUGUGUGCCUUCGGAUUACAGAUUAAGGUGGAUGGACCUAUUCCAUGCGUCGCUUUCCCUGUUUGCAUUUCUUACCUUUGCCGCAUUGCACGGCGACGUUGUGGGGUGCUAUUACCCGGGAUUGCCUAAGAAGGUGACGAAUGUUGUUCCUCUUGUGGUAGGGUUUGUCGUGAGUGUUCUGUUCGUCUUGUUUCCAUCUAGAAGAAGAGGAAUAGGGUAUCCUUUCCUUCUACAGAGAGACGCCUUCUUCACGAGACGUUGAUGGACAUCUCGUUCUCUUAAGUAUCAAACUACUCUUUCAAAAUAAAUAGCAGUUUUCACUCCAUUAUUGUAA